GAGGGGGUAUGGCUAUGCAUGGGGAGGUGAAUGCUUCGUUGUUUUUACCCAGAGGCUUUUCUUUCUCGGUUGGCGCCCCCUGCUACAAGAGAUUUAUUCUCACAAGAAACUGCUGUCUUCCCCUGCCCGUCCCUCCCGAGUUACUCGAGCUGGAGGUAGCGCAGGGAGGAGGUCCCGCUGCUCCUAGCCCAGGCAGAGGAAGCACAGCGCUCCCACCUCCUAGAAACUGAGCCGCGCACUGUGCUCACCCGGAGCCGCGAGGAAAUAACAAAACAUGUUCUACAGAUUCUGGUGGCUUUUGUGGCUACUAGGACAGCAUAUGUUUUUGGCACAACAUCUCAAUGAAGACAAAAGAAAUGGAAUAAGAAGACAAAAAUCUAAGCCUCUUCUGUCAAAUGCUAUAGAAAAAUAUCCCAGUCCAAGAGAUCAAGAUGAAGACUGUGUUCUUGAAAUAGCUUUUCUAUUGGACAGUUCAGAAAGUGCCAAGAACUAUAAUCACGAACAACAGAAAAAAUUUGUAUUAGAAACAGUGAACAGUAUGAAAGGAGUGCAAAUCAAUUCCGGACGUACUUUCAGCUGGAGGAUGGCUUUACUUCAGUAUAGUAGCAGUGUUCUCAUAGAGCAAACUUUCAGAGACUGGAAGGGUCCUGAAGCUUUCAAAUCCCGCAUUGCUCCCAUAACCUACAUAGGUCAUGGUACCUACACAACAUAUGCCAUAACCAAUCUCACACAACUGUAUAUGACUGAAGGGACUCAUGGCAGUGUGAAAGCAGCUGUGCUCUUGACAGAUGGAGUGGACCAUCCAAGAAAUCCAGAUAUUUUUGCAGCAACUGCUGAUGCUAAACAUCAAGGAAUUGUAUUCUUCACGGUGGGAAUGACCAGAGUGGCUGAAGAGGUGGCCAAUGCUGCUAAGCUUCGGCUUCUGGCCAGUGUCCCAGCAUCAAAGUUUGUUUUCAAUCUACAGGAGAAAGGAGUUGUGGAGAAAAUGGUGAAAGAAAUGAAAGAUCUGGCUCAAGAAGGGUGUCCCCAAGCUUCUGCAUGUAACUGUGAGAAAGGGGAAAGAGGCCUUCCUGGUCCUGCUGGUAAAAAGGGUCGUCCAGGUGAUGAUGGGGCUCCUGGCCAGAAAGGAGUAAAGGGGGAUGCAGGCCUUAAUGGAAUUCCAGGAAAAGAUGGAACAGAGGGAAAAUCUGGCUACAAAGGAGAAAAGGGAGAAAGAGGUGACUGUGGCACUCCAGGGAUAAAAGGUGACAGAGGUCCAGAAGGUCCAGCUGGUCACUCAGGACCGAGAGGUUUACAGGGUUCCCAAGGGCUCCCAGGAGACCAAGGCCCAGAAGGUGUUCAAGGAUCAAAGGGUGAAAGAGGCCUUCCUGGACCACCUGGAUUGACUGGAGAAACUGGAAUAGGAAUGCCUGGCCCAAAGGGUGAUAUUGGCUUGACAGGAAGACCAGGCCCUCUUGGCCCACCUGGAGCUGGUGAGCCAGGACUACCGGGGCCACAAGGACCUCAAGGGAUUCAAGGAGAAAGAGGUUCACCAGGUGAAGGGCUUCCAGGACCAAAGGGUGAGCGCGGGUUUGAUGGUCCUAAAGGACCUCGUGGCCAGCCGGGCAUUGGCAUAAAAGGUGAAAAGGGUGAAGUUGGCCCACCUGGUUUACCUGGGCCUAUUGGGUUAUCUGGCAUUGGGAUUCAAGGAGAAAAGGGGGUAGAAGGACCGAAAGGACCACCUGGUCCAAGAGGGCCACCUGGACAAGGGCUGCCUGGCUCAAAGGGUGAACAAGGCUUGCCAGGAGAAACUGGAGCACCAGGAGAAAGAGGUCUUGGGGAACCCGGUUCAAAGGGUGAACCAGGAUCUUCAGGGUUUGCAGGCCUACCUGGUCUUCCAGGGGAAGACGGAGCCCCAGGACAAAAGGGAGAGCCAGGGAUACCUGGUCUUCGAGGUCCUGAGGGUGCUCCAGGAAUUGGAAUACAGGGUGAGAAGGGUGACCAAGGUCAGAGAGGCAUACGUGGAUUAUCGGGACCGACCGGAGUACCUGGACCUGCCGGUGCUAAAGGUGAACCUGGUGGACCAGGACGUCUUGGAAUGCCAGGCCUUCCUGGUCGAGCUAUUCCAGGACCAAAGGGUGACAUCGGGUUACCUGGUCCUGCUGGCCCAGUUGGAGAACCAGGAGUUGGGAUUCCUGGCGCAAAGGGUGAUCGUGGUCAUCCAGGUCCACCUGGUCCAUUUGGGCCAAAGGGAGACGGUUAUCCAGGCCCUCCUGGACUUCCAGGUCUUCCAGGAGCUCCUGGUGAACAAGGACCCGAAGGAUUUGGAUUACCAGGACCUAAGGGUGAUCCAGGUGUUAGAGGACCUGUUGGUCUCCCAGGUCCACCAGGAGAAGGCCUUCCAGGACCAAAAGGAAAUGUAGGACGGCAAGGGUCCCCAGGGCCCCUGGGGCCUCCAGGAGAAGGUAUUCAGGGAUCUAAGGGUGAACAAGGAAUGCAAGGAAUGCCAGGACCUCGGGGACCCCCUGGAGAAGGAUUACUUGGACCAAAGGGUGAUCGUGGUGCUGGAGGUGAAAGGGGAAGAAAAGGAGAAAAAGGCAACAUGGGUGAUCCUGGUUUGUCUGGAGAACCUGGCAGUACUGGACCCAAGGGUGAACAAGGCCUUACAAGAGAAGAUAUAAUUAAAUUAAUUAAAGAAAUAUGUGGCUGUGGUAUUAAAUGUAAGGAAAUACCCAUGGAGCUUGUUUUUGUGAUUGACAGCUCUGAAAGCGUGGGACCAGAAAAUUUUGAGAUAAUUAAAGACUUUGUCACUGCUUUAGUAGAUAGAGUAACAGUAGGCAGAAAUGCCACCAGAAUUGGUCUUGUACUCUACAGUUUAGAGGUUCAGCUAGAAUUUGGACUUAACAGGUACACAACCCAACAGGAAGUGAAACAAGCAAUUAGAAAAAUGCUGUAUAUGGGGGAAGGUACAUACACAGCAACUGCUAUCCGCAAAGCCACACAGGAAGGAUUUUUUGGUGCUCGAACAGGUGUGCGAAAAGUAGCUAUAGUAUUAACAGACGGCCAGGCAGAUAAAAGAGAAGCUGUUAAACUGGAUAUCGCUGUCCGAGAGGCCCACGCAACCAACAUUGAAAUGUAUGCAAUAGGAAUUGUAAAUACUUCAGAUCCAACCCAAGUUGAAUUCUUGCGUGAACUAAAUCUGAUUGCGUCAGAUCCUGACAGAGAACAUAUGUAUCUGAUUGACGAUUUUAAUACCCUUCCAGCUUUGGAGUCCAAAUUAGUAAACCAAUUUUGUGAAGACGAACAUGGUGCCUUAAUAUAUAAUCGUAUUGGAAAUGGUGCAAGCAUAAGUGGAUCAUCUAUCCAUUCAUUGUCUUCCAGUUCUUCACAUUACUUACUUCACAGCAACAACAAUGUUAAUGGACAACCAGUUUCAUCAGACAGCCAUGGAAUAUCUGUGAGAGAAAGCAAGCUGUCUCAACCAUUAGUUCCGACCAAAGAAUCAUCUAUGGCAGUUUAUGAAGGCUAUGAAGAGGAGUCUGAAGAAGAUGAGCAGCCAUCUUUGCCCUCAGUGAACACCAGAGAUAAUAUCCUGCUUCCCCGAUGUAAACUGAGGUUAGAUCAAGGGUCAUGCCGUGUCUAUAUAAUAAAAUGGUACUAUGAUAAGCAAGCCAAUGCCUGUGCUCAGUUUUGGUAUGGCGGUUGUGAUGGAAAUGCUAAUCGCUUUGACACUGAAGAGGAAUGUAAAAAGACCUGUGUAUUUUAUUCUGGAGAAAACUAAAGUUUGAUGUGAAUUCUGCAACAAAGACGACUUCUUUAUUUAAGGAAAAACUGAGUUUUACACAAGUGCUGUUUUACACUCAUAAAGGAUUUUGGUAUAAUACUUAGAUAACUGUGCAUCAUGUUACAAUUUAAAAGCAAAUAUUACUCAGGGGUUAUCACUACAUAUAACUGUCAACUUGAUAUCUGCCAAUAUUAGAGCUUCAAAGAGAAGGACAAAUAUUUUAAGAGAAAGUGGCACAGAAAAUCCUUGGGUUAUUUACCGAGCUCUACCAACUGUCUUGUCUGUUCCAUUAUCUUGGGAAAGUCACAUAUGUCUUCUGCGGUACAACUCACCCAUUUAUAAAAUGGAGAAAUACUACAGUCUUUCCUUAGGGACAGAGUCUGAGGAAGAAGAACUUUUAAAAUCACUAUGAAAGUCACUAUGUACAUGCAAAGUAUUAUAUUUGUAACUGUACAAAAACAUUGUACUUCUGAUUUAAACACUUUCUUCAGUUUCCAUUGGCUAGUAAGAUACAAGAUGAAUCUAUUAAAUGUCUACAAACAUAUGUAACUGAUUAUAACAAAAACUGUCACUGCUAAAAUAGAUACAUUCAGUCCUUAACUAGUUCUUUAAUUUUUAAAGUAUUGUGUUUUUAAAGCGGUGUUUGAUUUUUAAAUGCAUUU